UCAUUACUGUUCUCACAUGCACGUAGCUGGAUAAGCAAGGAAGUUAAAGUCGCUAAUAGCUCUAGGUUUGGAAUAGACAGUCGAGAUAAUAUAUCAUUCAACAAGACACUUAUCGAUAAUAGUACUUCUUUGAGAAUGGCUUUACCGAGUAGAGCACGUGUCUAUGCUGAUGUAAAUUCACAUAAACCAAGAGAAUAUUGGGAUUAUGAAUCUUAUGUUGUCGAUUGGGGGCAACAAGAUGAUUAUCAGUUAGUGAGAAAAUUAGGCAGGGGUAAAUAUAGUGAAGUAUUUGAGGCUAUAAAUGUUACAAACAAUGAAAAUUGUGUUGUAAAAAUAUUGAAGCCUGUUAAAAAGAAGAAAAUAAAAAGGGAAAUAAAAAUUUUAGAAAAUCUUAAAGGUGGGACCAACAUAAUUACACUCCAAGCAGUUGUUAAAGAUCCAGUUUCAAGGACACCGGCACUGAUUUUCGAACAUGUCAACAACACAGAUUUCAAGCAAUUAUAUCAGACGUUAACUGACUACGACAUAAGAUACUACCUCUAUGAAUUAUUAAAAGUGCGUGUAUUGUUAAGUGCAAUGGAACUAAAUAUCAGUUGAUGGUGAACAUCGAAA